AUGUCCGUUAAGGCAAGUGCAGACUGGUUUGAAUGCGCCCUGGCGGGCAACGCAGCGUCUAUCCGGAAUGCGAAGAAGAAGUGGAAAGGCUCCAAGGAUAAUGACGGUAACACGGCUCUCAUGCUUGUCUCCAAGUUGGAAGACAACUCUGUGUUCGAUCUUCUCAUCUACGAGGAGGCCGGUAAUAUGAACAACGAGGGUCACAGCGCGCUUUCCAUAGCUGUCUUAGCCCGCCGGAUGGAUAAGGUCGAACGUCUGGCUACUCUUGAGGGGAGCAUGAUACUUGGGCGUGGUUGCACGGCUCUUAUCUACGCCGCUUCUGUUCAGGACGCCGACGUUGUCCCGUUGCUUGCUCCGUACUCCAUCAUCGAUCAGCGAAACGAUGAGGGGUAUUCCGCACUCGAUAUUGCUGUGAUGAACAAUGAUCUUGCCUUCGUGACAUCCCUUAUCGGCGCCGCGCGUGUGGACCUGGAUACCCUCGACAUGGCGCUCCGCUAUAGCCUCACCCCAGAUAGUGUCAGGGUCAACCAGGUGUUGAUGGAUUAUAGAGCUACAACCUAUCCAAACUCGGACCCUUUUGAUCCAGAUGCACGACCCACUAGCCACCAAGCACCUUCGACUACUAUUACGAGCCUUAAUCAUCAGGGGACAAUCGAUCCUAAGAGCACUGAUGUCGUCCCUUCUGAAGAUUCAAUGCAGUCACGAAGCGAGAAGCAGAAAAGUGGCAGAUUUUCUCGUGCUGGUUCAAAACAGUCUUCUGUUCGCAGAACACCAAAGCUUGACAACGCGUCCUUCAGCAAUUCUGCGCUUGUCCAGAGCGUGGCUCGUAUAGGGACUCCAGGGCCAGAGGAGGCGUCAUCGGUGUACGGGCACCCGCUAAGCAAUAGAUCUUUUGAAUCUAGCACGAACUAUGCAGAUCAGACGGCGUCCAGGCUGACCAACGGUAGUGUAAGAUUGCAGGACAUGGGUGAUCCUGAGUAUGCCGUUUCACGCUUCGGGGAUACGGUGCGCUCUACUUCUCUUAUGGGGGAGCCGUCUCAAUCGGCUGCUGAUCUUAAGCCUCAGAAGGGCGGUAGAGCUUCCCGUGCCGGCUCGAAGCAGUCUUCUGUCCGCAGGACACCAAAGCUUGAGACGGCAUCGUUUAGUAACUCGACUCUCGUUCAGAGCGUGGCUCGCAUAGAGACUCCUGCCCCGGAAGACAUGAUGCCGGCAGGCAGGCAAGUGGCUGCUGGUAGUUCCGCAGCCUAUGGUGAGACUUACGCUAUGAGCAUGGAGGCUCCCGUUGACGGAUACGUCGAUUCGGAGUUGCAGUACAGCGUGACACCCAACGAAAUUCUUACGAAUGUGGGGUCCUCUCAGGGCGGUGGUCAGGGCUUUACUAACUCAGCAGUGCUUUCUCGACUACGCACCCCAACCAGCUCUGUCAUUGCGGACAACGGAACUCAGGGCCUCGGCAUUGCGCCUACGCGGGCACUGAAAAGCGCCUCUCAACCAUUGAAUGCAUAUUCUGCAGGAUCGUUUAGCCAAGCGGGCUGCCAUGGUUCGGUCCUCUCCACCCGAUCUAUCACGGAGUCUAUGCCUGUUCAGUCACGCCGAGCGCUCCCGGAGAGUGCAAGUGUGACGCAGCUUCAGGAGCUAGUCCGCGAGAAGCAGGCCAUAAUCGAUGAUCUUCAAAACCAGAACAUGAAACUGAAUAAGGAACUCGUCGAGGUGAAGCGUAGUCUGCACAAGGCGGAGCUCGUUUCUGGUUCGGCUUCGCAGGGACACUGGGCUACGCAGUCGUCCAUCGACAAGACAAACCUUGUUAUUGCUGACAUGCAGGAGCAGGCCCGCGAGAUGAAGACCGAGGCUAUCCGCGCCAAGAAUUUCUUCGAGCGCGAGCGUGAGCGCCUCAAUGGUGACAUUAGCGAGAAAACAAAGCGCAUCGCUGUCCUUGAAAACACCAACAGGAAUAUGGAGACAUCGUGUGAGAGACUUCGAGCCGCCAACAAGGACCUCAUUGAGCAGCUUACCAAGAAGAAGACAGACGAUAACAUCACCGAGAUGGUGGUGGCACAGAAGGACGCAGAGAUAGGCGAGCUUCGUGACCGUAUUAAGGAGCUCGAGAGUGACGUCGUCCGACUGACCCAGAAGGUCUCUUCCCACACCUCCGUGGCUGGAAGGUCUCGCAGCGGAGAUGAGACGACCGUCUCUCAGCUUACCAAUGAUUCUAAUCUUCGCGGCUAUCCUGCGCAGGCUGGCAAUUCAACCAAGUUAAGUGCCGGGCCAGACGAGGCUGGUGCCUCCGAGGCAAGCCUCCAGGACGUUGUCAGGCAGCUUACAACUAUGAACAAUUCUAAGGACAUAAUUAUUUCUGAGCUCCGCGGUGAGCUAGCGAACCUUCGUGAUAUCAGCAGGCACAGCCAGCAAGACCAUGGGGCGAGCCGUUCAAAAGCAGACGACAUGGAGAUGUACGACGUUAAGAUGGCGCUUGCUGACCUCCAGGCGCGUCAUGACGCUCUUUCUGAGGAUAACUCCAAGACGCUCGAGAAGCUAAGGGUUCGUACACGCGAGCUCCAAGGCCUCGUGGAGGAGGUGGAGGGCGAGAUACCUGCUGGAAAUCUAGGAACGCAAACAGAUAUAUCACGCAUGAAGGCCAUAGUAAAGGUCAAGAACCGCGAGAUUGCCGAGUUGAAGGAAAGCGCACUCAACACUGCAUCGAGGCAUGCUGCGACCUGCAAGGCGAUUAAUGCAGAGAACGAACGUCUCAACGCUGCUCUUCGGCGCAAGGAGAACGAGCUUGCUAAGGUCCAUUCCGAGCUCUCGACGGCCCGCGAUUUCCAAGACCACGUUGAAGGUGUGCGCAGCGAGAAUACCCAGCUCAUGAAGGAAAUGAAACGUAUGCGAAGUGAGCUUGAGAAGCAAGCAAAUAUCCACCCAGAGCUGGCAAAGUAUGAGAGCUUGGUCAAAACUCUUGGGGAGGAGAAUGAUACGAUGCGCCGCGUCUUGAAAAAGAGGAAGGAGCAGAUUGAAUAUCUGAAGAACGGAGGAGACCCGUCUCUUUUGCACACAGUGGGAACUGGGUCCAAGUUGUCUGGUACAAAUACGCCCAUCAGCAAGACACAGACGCUUAACAGCACGAGCCCCCAUUCGGAUAUCAUAAAUCGCGAUGCCAAGGGGAACGAUGUCCUGCUUGUUAAGAAGUUAACCGAGGAGGUUAGAUCAUAUGGUGACAAGGUCACCGAACUGAGCCGCAUGAUAGCUCUCAAGGACGCUGAAAUUUCUCUACUUCGCAAGCAAACGACCGACGGAGCGACGUACAAAGACCUCCUCUGUCUGCUCAACGAAAAGAUGAAGCGCGUGGACCAGCUUAAUGCAGACGUCGAGCAACGGGACAGAGAAAUAUCCAAAUUGGUUACCAUCAAUCGCACAGGAACUGCCAAGCCUAAAGGCCUGACCGCGAGUAUUCACAAGAGCGCUGCUAUCAGUCGUUUCUACAGCCACGAUGAGGUAAAGGAUCUAUUGAAGCAGCUUUCUGACAAGGAAGCUGAGAUCGCGCUUCUGAAAUCCGAGAACAUGAAUAACAGCUAUGAAAAGAUCCAUAACCUGGGAGACAAGUUCACUGUGGUGAAGAUAGAGAAUCUGGAGGACAAGGUUGCUGUCUUGAACGCACACUUGGCAGACCGCGAAGGUACGAUUGAGCGUCUCCAGGCCCAGCUACAGGAUGCCGAAUUAGCCCUCCAGAGCCACAGAGCUAACCUCGGGCUUAUCGGUAUUGGGGGGCUGAUGGCUUCGGGGAGCUACACGUCCCACAGAGACCGCGCUUCGGCCUCUCCAAGCACAGUUAUGUCGCCGGAUCUUGCCUACAGCAAGUCUCUAGAGGCCAGCAACGCUUCUCUGCAACAAAAGCUUGCAGACAGUAAGUUGAAGAUAGCAGAUGCACAGCAGGAAUUGGAGUGGGCCCAGAUGCGCAUGGACUCUAUGCACAGCGAUCUACAGAAGUACAAGAGCAGAUCUGGUGCUGCAAACACUCCGACAGCUGAGGGGCGCACUCCACAACAGCACAGCACGCCCCUCUCUAUGACCGGCCAGCGUCCCGUCCUUGAGCCGAAAAACCACACGCCUGUGUACAGCAGAGGAAAGUGA